AGCCAGGGUAUGAAAGAGGGCCUUUUACAUGAGCUGUGAGCACUUCUCAGAGGUUCGCAUGCACUGAAAAGAUACAGCAGAUCCUCUUCGGCUCGGUUUGAUCAUGACAUAAGCAUCUGACUUCUCUCCUAAUCUUCAUCAAUACAAGUGGUACUGAAGAGGUUAUACUGCUUUCAUGGAUCAUCAUACCUCAGGCCAACACAGUCAACCCAGCCACUCCUCAAGCUUUCAGUGGCUUUCUUUUGCUUACCAGGGCCUGACAGAGAUCCCCUAUGACACCAUUCUCACACAGACAGAAAGCCUGGAGGUGCUGGACCUCAGUUACAAUCUGCUGGAUGAGAACCCGGCUCUGCUGGGUCAGCUGGAGAGGCUCAGCACUCUGAUCCUGGACGGCAACAAGUACACAUCUCACAUCAAGUUCCCCUACAUGCCGAGCAUCACCACAGUGUGCAUCAACAAGAACAAGAUCAACAACCUGCCUGUGUUUGUGGAAGAGAUCCGACGAAAGUUCCCCAACAUGAAGAUCCUCAGUAUGAUGAACAAUGAAGCAGCGCCAAGCUACUUCAAUGGAGGAAGUCUGACCCAGUACACAGACUACAGACAGUACGUCAUCAGUCAGAUUCCAGGCCUGGAGAUCCUGGAUGACACAGAGGUCCUGGAGAAGGAGAGAGCCCAGGCUAGAAAAACCUACAGACUGCAGCAGAGCAGCCACGGCAGCAGAAAGAGGAAGGAGGACUCGUCAAAGAAACAUACUCACAUGCGAAAAAAAUCAAAUGCAGUCAUAUGACCAUAAAUAGGAUAUUGUUUUUUAAUCACUCAUAAAAUCACAACUUUAAUGUUACACUGUUAACAUAACACAGGUUGUCUAUUCUGUGUCUGCUUGUUUGAACAUAUAUUUAAAAAGUCAGGAUGUUUACACAGUUUAAUAUUCAGAUUCAUGUUUCAUAUAGAUGAAUUAUUAAAUUAAA